AUGAAAAAUGUCUGGGUCGGGUACGUCGUACCAGGUAGCGACGAUGUUGCCGAUAUCGUUGAGCGACGGCUUCAAGGAAGGAGGGGGGGGGGGCAACGUCGUCGAUGGGUCAUUUUGUUGAUGCUGCUUGCCGGUGCCGGGCGCUGCCUCAUCCGUCCUCGUUCCGUUUCUGGCGUGCCAGCUCCAAAAAAAAUUUUAGGCAUAAAUGCAAAACUCAGCGUGCUGCUCACAUUUCCCACAGCUGCCUUCCUGUUCUUUUCUUGGACUACAUUACUGUCUGUGUGUGUAUGUGUAUAUGUGUAUGUUGAAGCACCGCUUAUAUGGCAUUUGGGUUUCAAUGAAAGUGAAGAAAUUCAGGAAAUCGAUUAUGUAGAGGCGGAAGUUGAAAGCACGGAUACGGUAGAGCCUCAUCUGGACGAACUCUUCGGUGAAAAGCUAUUAAUUGCAAAGUUUUGCUUGGCAGAUACAUUGAAUAAGCCACCGUCACAUUCUAAUAUGGCUAUUACUGGAAGUGAUGAAAUAACUGUUCCACCUGGAACUGUGUUCAAUAAACAUGCUAAACGUCAUACAUCAGUGAUACUGCGAAAUAUCGGAAAAAAUACCAGUAAAACACAACAAUCAUUACAGUCAGCAACUGUUAAAAUGGAUGGUGAUGAUUCUUCCAAGCGACCCGAUUCCGUAUCAUCGCAGCAAACAUUUGUCCUCGAAAAUAGCCGUCGUCGGCCAUUGGUUGCACGAGAUCCAUUUAAAAUUGGUUUCGUUUUUAAAUGA